GACCUUACGUCACGUGACCGUCGCUUACUCCCAAACCCAUCAUUUGAGGAAUAACCGACUCAUAUAUUUCUGUCUGAACCGCGCCAGAUCUGGCUGUUUCCUCCAGUGUGUGUGUGUUUUAAUGCCGAUGAACCCAUAGGAUGCUUAUAUUAAAACCACUGGAAAGAUUCUAUAGUCUACAAUUUACGGACUAAACUGGAGUUUGGUUUUUAAGACCGAUUGAAGUCUGUGUGCCUGUUUGCAAGUGGAGGAAAAAUACCAACCGGUCAUCAUGGCAGAAAACAACUUCCCUCCCCUGCCUCGAUUCAUCCCACUCAAGCCAUGUUUCUACCAAGACUUCAACGAGAUCCCAGACCCGCAUCGCACCAUGUGCAAGAGGCUGUACUACCUAUGGAUCUUGAAUAGUGCCACACUGGCUGUUAACCUGAUUGGCUGCCUGGCGUGGAUGUGCGGAGGUGGUGGAGCGACCAACUUUGGCAUGGCCUUCCUGUGGCUCAUCCUCUUUACCCCCUGCUCCUACGUGUGCUGGUUCAGGCCCAUCUACAAGGCCUUCAAGACCGACAGCUCUUUCAACUUUAUGGCUUUCUUCUUCGUCUUCAUGGCCCAGGUGGUGAUCAGUAUUAUCCAGACUGUUGGCAUUCCUGGUUGGGGAGUGUGUGGCUGGCUGGCUACCAUCACCUUCUUCAGCACCAACAUUGGCUCAGCUGUGGUCAUGCUGAUUCCCACCAUCAUGUUUACUGCGGUGGCUGUACUAUCUUUCAUCGCCCUCACCAAGGUUCAUAACUUCUACCGUGGCAGCGGUGGCAGCCUGGGUAAGGCCCAGGAGGAGUGGGCCUCCGGGGCCUGGAAGAACCCCCACGUCCAGCAGGCAGCUCAGCAGGCGGCAAUGGGAGCCGCGCAGGGAGCCGUGCAGCAGAACCAGUACUCAGCAGCUCCCACCUACAACUAUGACGACCCGAUGUAGGACAGAGAAGGGGGUGGGGGGCGGCUCGCCAUGUGGGCGAGAUAAAAAAGGGAUCAAUUAAGAACACAAUUCAGAAUUAGGUGCCCUUCAUUAUAACACUGUACAAGCUGAAUUCAAACAGAAAAAAGUCAUGUUUUGAUGGAAGUGUACUUUUAUUGAAUUCUGACACACGUGGGAGUCAAUCAUUUAAGUCAGUUCACAUUUAAAUCAACAGCCAGUUAUUAAAAAGCUGUUGUUUUGUUUUUUUAAAUCUCUUAUGCUGCUCAAUUUUAGCUGGUCAGUGUGUGUGUGUUGCUUUCAAAUGGAGACACAUAACAUAGCUAAAACCUAUACCCUGAGCUUCAUCGGUUUAUUCAGGUAGGUUCGUCUGUGUUCAGCAGAGUUACUUCUCUGCCUCUGCCCAUGUCACACGUUUUAAACGUCUUUUAAUUACCUUUAAUGUGUUUUUUUUUAUGUACUGUAUUCGCUAUUUUGUUAAGUGUUUACUUUCAUUAGUCCUGGAGGUCACCAAACACUAAAACAUUUGCCCCUCAGUUCAUGUACUGCAGUUGCUUGACAUUCAGGUGACAACUCCAGACUACUUUAAUGACUCAUUUCCCAGUACAGGAAUGGUUCGUCAAUUUGGGAAAUACGCUUAUUGCUUACUUUCUUGGCAAGAGUGAGACAAGACCAGUCUCAUGUCUGUACGAUAAUUAUCAAGCAUAUGAUUCUUUUAACGGUGGCCCAGAAGCUCAUCGUCUUUUUCUUACUCUGUAUGUAAACUUUGUUACUUUUUUUUUUUUGUUGAAAAAAGAAAAAGUUGAACUUGGCCAAAAUCCCGUCAACAGAAUCAACAUUUCAAAAUAUAGAAAAUGUAAAAGAUUACAGGAUGAAGAUGAAUAAAAAAGCAUGAAAUAAUUUGUGUCUAACAUAAUUUAAAUCAGAAGACAUUUGCUGGAAGCAUUAUCUAGCGCAAAAUAUAUGAAGAGCGUAUUUUCCCAACUCGGUUUUUAAGUUAAAACUUUAAAAUAUGAAAGAAAAACCCUAUGCAGUUCAUGUUUUGGUGACCUGAUUGUUUUUUCCGACUGAUGAGAAGUUGCCCUGCGUCAGUGAGCCUUUCAGUUUGAUUCAACCUUUUUUUUUGACAUUCUCAGGAAAGGUGUUGAUAGCUAGUUUUAAAUUCCACCUGUGAAGCCCUUUGAGUGUCAACGUAUGGGGCUUUUGUCUCCGUUUAUCGCAAUUAUUCAACCAUUCAGGGUGUUUGGUUUCGUCAUUACACACCGGUUAUGUGUUUAGCAAGUUGAUUUCAGUGAAAUAAAAUUAUUAUUACAUGUUAAAGUGAAGCACAUGCAGUAUUUAGGGUUGUCAUUCGUUGGAUAAAACAUUCCAGAUCAACAUUGUACAGGAGAGAAAACCAAAACACUUGGACAUACAGUAAAUAUUAAUAAUUAUUGUUGUAGGUGGUCAUAGCAUUGUAUGAAGUGAUGGAUGUUUUCCCCCUUUGGCAAAUUCUCCCACUUACCCCCUACAUGUAAAUGCUUAAAUGACUACUUGUCUCUGAAGCUCUGGAUUUCGGGCCUUAAUGUGUCAUUCUGUGGCUGUUGGUGUUAUUCUAUGAGUAGGUGUAAUAUGAUAUUUAUAUAAAAGAAAAUAGAAUAUAAAAUAAGCCAAUUAUUUCUUUAUGACGUGAAAUUGAAAGAGAGAAUAUGUGUGCGUAGCCCUUGGGAGGCCCGACAGUGUCAUAUUGAGUUCAGUGAAAAGAUUUUGCCUCGUGUCACUCAAGUCUUCUUCCAGAUUCAGUAGAUGGGUAAUGCAGUAAUACAGUAUUAGACUUGAAAAAGAUGUGAAGAUACGUAUCUGAAUGCUCGUUAUUUCAAAAACCUGUGAGUUGUCUUGUCUGAUUGUGAUGAUGUGGUAUUCAGUAGAUGUUUGUUUUACUUUUUUGUCGUUUUUUUGUACCUUAUUUUGUGUAUUUUGGAUAAUGUGUGAAUGAAGUUGAAGCACAUGUUUGUUGUGUCUUUCCAUGGCUGUGGGUAAUGGCUGUGAGUUUUUUUUAAACUAUAAUUUUUCUUGUUUGAACAUUUUAAGUAAUGUUUGCACUAGGUUACCUGUUGACAUCCGUGCAAAUUAAAUUCACAGUGAAUCACAGUGGAGCAAUACUAACAUAAAUAUAUUAGACAGUAGAAUUAUUAGGAACAAGUGGGGUCCUGUUGUGCAGGCCUUCAAAUAUAGACUAUGAAUAGUAACGAACCGUAACAUAAAUUGAAAAAUGGGCCUAUUUUCAAGUUGGACACCACUAGUAUAAAUUGCAUAACAUUUUCACCAGCAGAUGCGCACACAGUAGUUAUGAAGUUUAAUCCUGUAAACCGUACUAUUCACACGCUCAUCUGUCAAUAAAUGCACAGUUUAGCUGAUCAGUUCUACAAAUUAAAGUAUGCACAAAGGUGAACCAACAAGCUACGUUUCUCUGUGUAGUAAUCAUGGUCUUUGGUGAAUUUUGGAUCAGUCCAAACGUUUUGCCAUAUGUACAUACAACACAGAUAAUGUGAGUAUGGGAAUAACAGCUGUAUAGUUAUUGUGUAGCAGGAACUGCAGUGCUGAUACUCUGCAUUUCAUUUUGCUGUAUCAAAGCUUCUGAAAGCCAUUUCCCAUUAACUCCAUGUUCCCACAUGUACUGUAUGUUGUUUGAUAUGUAUUAUCAUGUACUAUAUCACAACUAGAUAUUAAUAUAUAAUUACUUGAGGUGAGGUAAAUAUUUGCCAUGGAUAAACACAUUCGGUAGAAACAUGCUCUAAUUAGGUGAAUGAAGUGUUUGAGGAGGCUGUGUCUCCAUGAGUGAAGUAAAUGAGGAAUACAUUUUUGUGUAUUACUUUUGUAUAAUUUGGUCUUACCCUAAUAGAUAUUAAACAGUUCUUGUUGCA